AGAUAACAUCACAUUAACUCUAUAUAACUGUUACAAUAUGGCAGAUUUUCAGAGUCUGCUUCCAAUUGAGCAAUCAUGGCUUCUUUGAAAAUAUUACUUCUUCCCAUCUUGCUUUUAUCCUUCUUCUCCUUCUCGGAAUCCGGAGAAAUCAAAGAACUUCUGGUGGGAGGCACUGAAAAUUCAUGGAAAAUUCCUCCGUCCUUUGAUUCUCUCCAGAAAUGGGCUAUAAAAAACACCUUCCACUUCGUGUACUUCGAUUCCCUUGUCUUUAAAUACGAUGGCAAAACCGACUCGGUUCUUGAAGUGACAGAAGAAGACUACGAGGCCUGUGAAACAUCGAAACCAAUCAAAGAAUACAGAGAUGGUAACACUAAGAUUUCACUCAGCACUGGGACAAAGUUCUUUAUCAGUGGGGCUGAGGGCCAUUGUGAGAAAGGGCAGAAAGUGGAGAUAAACGUAGGACCCGAUGUGUUGGUUUUAGGAUUUGAGGAUUUUGGUGACUCAGAAAAAAUAAUUAAAGAGAUCAAUUCUUCAGAGAAUUCAGAUCAGUCAUCCUUUUAGUUUUAUGAUUGUUAUAUUAAUGGAUUGAUAAAAUACUUUGUGCGCAAUUUAACUUUAAUUGUUGUUUUUUAUUUUCAGUUUUUAGUUGAAUUUGGUGUGCCAUGUUGGUUGCUUGUAUGUGUUAUCCGGAAUUGAGUUGGUGUAAUUCCAAUAAAUCGGUUGUAUGUGUUAUCCGGAGUUGAAUUUUCAGUUUCAGAAACAGCGGUUUUAUCUUGGGGGAUAGCUAGAUUCUGGCGUCUUCAGGCGCUCAGAUUAUGAAACCAAAAAAAGGGGAUAAUGGUAAAACGGGGUUGAAGAACCAAAUCUCACGGCGGAAUCUGAAAUUAGGGAUUAUCUCGAGCAACAAAAAACUCUUGGUGGAUGGCGGUGUUGCGUCUGAUAAUGAGGAAAUUGGGUCACUUGGCUUGAUGAACUCAAAUGACGGUGGUAGAAUCGAAAUCAAUCUGUCUAAGGCAGGGCUGGAACCUGAGCAUAAUGGCCAUGAAAUAGGUGAACACACUUGGCUGAAUCUCACCCUAAUGAGAAUUGCAGAGAUAGGUCCUGUAGCCCACCUUUGAGGCCUCUUGUUCUGCUGAUAUGAAUUCAUCCCAAUAGCUGCAAUUUUCUUCAUAGCAUGUUCGAAAUUUCUGCU